GCAAGAAGACGUUCACUGCAGACCCUUAUGGGCGGACGUGAUGUAUCAGCUCCUUUUUCCAGAGGAUGGCCAAGGAAAUGGGAGUAAGGUCUUUGGGCCAUCGCCCACGCGUCCGAUCAAUGCGCAUCCGAAUACCCCUGCAACUCAUCGCCUCGCUCGCUCAUGGAUCGACAAGUGUCGCCUGUCACAAGCACGGAAUCAGGAUGGUAACAGGUUUUCGUCCCACUCGUCUUAUUCAGAUACGCAAAUACCCCAAUGGCUACAACAUCCGCCUUACGAAGUCAUCAGCUCUUAGCGAUGAAGAGACCCCUUAUACGGCACUGAGUUAUUGUUGGGGCGGCGAUCAGCCACAUAAGUUGACCUCAGAGACACUCACCCACGGGGUAAAGCAGUUUGACGACAUGCCGCAGACGAUUCGAGAUGCGAUUAUCUUGACAGCUGAGCUCGGAUUUCAAUACCUCUUCGUGGAUUCUCUAUGUAUCGUGCAAGACGACGACAUAGAGAAGCGCCGUGAGAUCGCACAAAUGCCUCUGAUCUACAGUAAUGCUGUGGUUACCAUCGCUGCUUCGACUGCCAGCUCUGUCUUUGACGGUUUUCUGAACGAUCGAGAUGUGGAAGACGUAAUCAUCAACAUGUCUUUCGAAGAUCUGGAUGGUGAAAAACAUGCAAUUGCGUGCGCUACCGAACGUUUCUCGAUUAUGCCUCUGGACCUUCGUGGUUGGGCUCUCCAAGAGCAUCUCCUCGCAUCCCGUAUCCUACAAUUCCGUCCCCGGCAGCUGCGCUUUCUAUGUCCAACCAGCUGCGAGAGCCCUUCCGCAAGCUAUACCGAUGGCUACGUACCAGGUUCACGUGUCGAGGAAGUUCUACAUUUUCCACAGAGCUUCAGCGACCUUGAAGACUUCGAGAGGUACUGGCACAAGGUUGUGAGGUUGUAUUCAUCGCGCGACCUCACCGUACCCACGGACAGGAUCCUCGCAAUCUCCGGCACUUACGCCGCGGGUCAUUGGGUAUCUAUACUUCCUCGAGAUUUGCUUUGGUACGUGAGCGGAUCACACGCACCAGCAACUAAGCGGAGGCCCUCAUGGUCAUGGACAAACGUCUCCGCUCCCAUA